GUUUACUACUCCUGGACACAGACAUGCGCUGGAAAAGUGAAGUCAAAGUAGAGUGCUGCAUUGUUAGCGAGAACGAAAACGAAUCUCUGUUGUCCAACGAUGAGGGCGCGCCGGUGGAAGUUUUGGAUGAAGACGCGUCGUCGCUGCAGGCGAUGGCAUCUGCACCUCUGCUGGGCAGAACUGUGUGUGCGAGCUGCAACGAGGAAAUUGUGGAUAAAUAUUUAUUAAAGGUUAACGACUUGUGCUGGCAUGUGCGCUGUCUCUCAUGCAGCGUGUGCCAGACUUCACUUGGCAGCCACACCAGCUGUUACAUCAAAGACAAAGAAGUUUUCUGCAAACUGGAUUACUUUCGAAGAUACGGCACCUGGUGUGCGUGCUGCGGCAGAAACAUCCACUCCACAGACUGGGUCCGCCGGGCGAAGGGGAACGUCUACCACCUGGCCUGCUUCGCCUGCUUCUCCUGCAAGAGGCAGCUGUCCACCGGGGAGGAGUUCGCCCUGGUGGAGGAGAAGGUGCUCUGCAGGGUCCACUACGACUGCAUGCUAGACAAUCUCAAGCGGGCCGUGGAGAAAGGAAAUAGUGUGAACAUGGAGGGGGCUGUGCCCACCGAGCAGGAGAUCAACCAGCCAAAACCCUCCAAGAGAGCUCGGACCAGCUUCACUGCCGACCAACUGCAGGUAAUGCAGGCCCAGUUUGCUCAGGACAACAACCCAGAUGCCCAAACACUGCAGAAACUGGCAGAGCAGACGGGCCUCAGUCGAAGAGUCAUACAGGUCUGGUUCCAGAAUUGCCGAGCUCGCCACAAGAAGCACGUGAGCCCCAAUCACACCUCCAGCACCCCGAUGACCUCAUUGCAGCCCAGCCGCCUGUCCCAGCCCACCCCAACCCCCGAGGAGCUGCAGUACACAGCCUACGGAGGCCCAGAGGGGUCAAUGCUCUCUGCACUACACUCCUUCAUAGACAUACACCCCCCUCCAUCCAUGUUUCAACCGCUGCUGCCAGCCCACGCCAUGACCUCCCUGCCUGUGUCUCACGCCUGAGCAGCUCUCUCACACACACACACGC